CGUUUGUUUUGGGUUCUUUUUCCACCAUUAUUUCCCUCGUGUUUGUAACAAAUUGUUACAGGGUGAGUAAUUUAUGAACCAUGCAGAGUUAAUUUUGUAUAAAAGACAGUUUCAUUGAAUAUCAGACUAUCAAACUUGUAAUCAGAGUUAGUAAAACAUAGUUGAUGAUAUACGUCAUUCGAUGGUAGAAGUUCGACAGUCCUUCAAGGAUGAAGACUGACAACACGUGCAUGUGUGAUGUUAAUAGCCUGUCCACUUCUCUAAAGAGAAUACCAAUUGAUGUCCUUACACAGACCCUGAAACAUUCAGUAUUAAUGUGUAAAUAAAAGAGUAAAGUUAAUACGGAAAAAGAGAACGAAUCGUGUAUAAUAGACUCGGUUACGUCUUGCAGCACGUGAUCGUGACUGGUCAAGAGAUCUCUGAGAGUGAUGGACAAAUAGCUUGCAGGGUGCAGUUCGUCUUUCAAGAAAAGAGAUAUUCCGUAAUGAAAACCAUGUUAAUGUAAUGGGACAAGACAGAUAUGGCAGAUCCUACAGAACCACAAAAGCCAUCUGAUAAUCCCGAGGAAGUCGAAGAGGUUGAGGAGGAGGAGGAAGAAGAGGUUCAUGGGGAUACUCCAGCUGAAUUGGCCAGUCAGAUAAUGCAGAAUCCCCAGGUUCUGGCCAGUCUACAGCAGCGCCUCGGCAGUAUGGUGGGGGCAAGCUCUGGCUAUAUUCAGAGUUUGCCAAAGUCGGUCAAACGACGAAUCAAAGCCUUGAAGAAAUGGCAGUUUGAGGCAGCGAAGAUAGAAGCUGACUUCUACAAAGAAGUUCACGAGUUAGAAUGUAAAUACGCAUCAAAAUAUACACCAUUAUAUGAGAAGAGGAAAACAGUGAUUACGGGUAGUGUAGAACCAAAUGAUGAUGAAUGUGACUGGCCAAGUGAUGAAGAAAAGGAAGAUGAACAAUUAUCGGUAAAGAACCCUGCGGAAGAUAUGAAAAAUAAAGCAAACGUAGAGGAAAAAGAAAAAGAUGAUAAGGACAAGAAGGAGGGGGAAGAUAUGAAGGGAAUCCCACACUUCUGGCUGACCGUGUUCAAAAAUGUCGACAUGUUGUCAGAAAUGGUCCAGGAUCAUGAUGAGCCAAUUUUACAACUCCUACAGGAUGUUCAAGUCAAAUUCUCAGAAGCAGACUCCAUGGGAUUUACGUUAGAAUUUCACUUUGAUACCAAUGACUACUUCACAAACUCUGUUUUAACGAAGCAUUACUCGAUGAGAUCGGAACCAGAUGAGGAAGACCCUUUUUCCUUUGAAGGCCCAGAAAUAGUCAAAUGCAAAGGUUGUGAAAUAGAUUGGAAGAAAGGUAAAAAUGUGACAGUGAAGACAAUAAAGAAAAAACAGAAACACAAGGGGCGGGGAACGACUCGUACAGUGACAAAAACUGUACAGAACGACUCCUUCUUCAACUUCUUCAACCCGCCACAAGUGCCAGAAGAGGAAGAAGGCGAUAUGGAUGAGGAUCUGGAAGCACUUUUAGCAGCAGAUUUUGAAAUUGGACAUUUUAUAAGAGAAAGGAUUGUUCCCCGAGCGGUGCUGUAUUUCACAGGGGAAGCUCUGGAACAGGAGGAUGAUUUUGAUGAAGAAGGUGAAGAAGAGGGUGAGGGAGAGGAGGGCGAUUAUGAUGAGGAUGCUGACCCAGAUUAUAAUCCUUCGAAUGACCCUAACAAGCCAACGGAGUGCAAGCAACAAUGAUAAAUUCUUCUUAGUGACAAGUUAUUUUAACAGCUUUGGUAAUCUCUGGGUGCAAGACAGUGAAAAGCAAGAAUCUCUUCUCCAUUUAGAAUCUAAAACAAUUCUUUAAAAUAUCUGAGCAAGAAAAUGGAAUUGUGAAACUGUUUUGAUACUUCCAGUAAAAGUAAUUUAAACUGUUUCACCAACAUGCGAAUUCAGGAACUUCAACUCUUACAUGCUCAAGAUAUGAAAUGCUACUAUUGCUUACCUCCCCCUUGGUCAGGAAGAAAUUCGCACAAGACGCACAAUAUAUUCCGACAUGUUUGUGUUCAUGCUUGUACAUGAAGCGAGUGAAAUGUGUUAUUGUAUUUUAUUUUAUUUUUUUGCUUUGUUCAUAAUUAUUUACGAAAAGACACACAUCCGAUGUAUACUUGUAUGUAUAAUAAUCUGUGAGGAUCAACAUCAGAUUCCAUAAAUUAGUUGACUAAUUUCACAAAGAUGCAUGUUAAUGUUAUUGUCGAGGAAAAUAAAGAAAAUCUACAGUUUGUAAA